AUGCGUCCGGUCAGCGGACGCGGGCGGAGUGGAUCCGCGGGUCCUGCUACCGCCGAUGGCUCAGGUCGCCGCGGGCGCGGGCGCGGAAGGGGUCGGGGGCGGGGUAGGGCAGCGUGGGGGGAGGCGCACAGACCAGCGUGGGCGGACACAGUAACACCCGCGUGGGUAGAUAAUGCCACUAGAUCCGUUCUUGCCUCCUCCGCCGUCCGAUCGGCCCCAUCUCGUGCCACACCACCUGCCCCGGGAUCGGAAGCACCGCUCGAUGCGUCGAAUCGUGACGCUGAUGGGUCGAUCUCAGCCGCAGAUCUGGACGGCGGCGGAUCCGGGGGAAAUCGCCCCUCCCCAGGUCUCGCACCACAGGGUAGCGGGCAAGUGACUCUCAACUUGCGCGCCUUUAAUCUUUUCGCAGCAAAGGUUCGACCUGCCGUGCAAAGGGAAAAUCCGCAUUUAUCGGUGAGUGAGACCGAGCGCGCGAUAGGCAUGCGCUGGAAUGCUCUGGCGCCCUCUGCGCGCCAGGAGUACCUAAACGCUGCCCGCGCGGGAGUGUCGGCGCUGGGCGCAAAUCGCGCCGCAGCAGGGGCGGCAGCGGCGGCGGCGGAGCAGGGGGGUGAGCUGCUGGAUGCGCAUGCGCGGCAGACGCGGCGGCGGCGCAAGCGCGCGGAGAUUGAAGCGGAAAUAGAAGCGGAGAACCUUAUGAAGCAGCAACAAAUAGCCGCGCGGUACGGUAUUGGCGCCGGGCUAGGCAUGGGGCUAGGCGCAAGCAGAGCGCACAGCGACCCGUGGGGGGGGCGUGGGGGACCUUCCGCCGUGGAUGCCUCCGCCAUGUAUCCCGGCGCAAGAGGGCAGGGUUUCGCGGGAGCUGGCGGGGGACAUGGGCGAGAUUUAGAGCGCAGCGGCAGCGGCACGAGCAGUAGCACAGCGGAUGAGGGGGAGUUUGCACCAAGCAUGAGCUUUGGCGGGUUAUUGACCGGAGCGGAGGGGGCGGAGGGGCAUUCAGGAGGGUCUGUGCGGUUGGGUCAGUCGGUGCGUGGGAUGGUGGACGGUGUGUUUGAAGCCGGUUUCUUUGUGGCCCUGCGCGUGGAGGGGUGCAGUGCGGUGCUGCGAGGUGUGGUGUUCACGCCAACGCCUGCUGUGCCUGUUACGUCGUUGAAUGAUGUUGCUGCCGGUGUGCCCCAUGUGGGGGGGACAGCAGCAGCGGAGGGGGAAAGGGAACAAGGCACCACCACUGCCCCAUCACACUUCACCUUCGCUUCACAACAAUUGGAUGAUCUGCUAAAUGCCAGCCAGGAUAGUGCAUCCCAUGUGCCCAUGAACCUGCAACCAGGAUCCUUUUAG